UAAUUAUUAACUUGACCAAAAACAUAAGCACACGACAAGAUGAAUUACUUUGAUGUUUUCUGUUAUAUAUCAGUAUUAGUUUCGACAUAUUUCAACAAUGCACAGAGCUGUAAUUGCACAGAGCCAUCACAGAAGGAUCUUGAAAACAGAUUUAAAUCUAUAAAUAAUAAUCUAAACAUGAAAUCUUUAUUCAUGUAUGAAGGCUGGGAAAAUUCUACAAUUAACAACAAAUUUGAGGAACUGGUUAACCAAUCAACAGAGUAUGGGAAUAGUGGUACAUGCCCAAAGAGACAUAUGAAAACAGCAGAGAGUUUGAGUUUACGAACCUCUUGUCCAUGGUUUCCACACAUUGAUACCAUUGAGACCAGAUAUCCAAAGACUAUAUAUGUAGCUAAAACCCACUGUAAAUCAUGUAUAACAACAGAUAGUCUUCAAAAUACAUAUUGCAAACCACUUAAACAUACUAUUAAAGUUCUAAUAAGAGGCAAUGACAUUGUCAAUGGUAUAUGUCAAUAUGAAGAAGCCAAAUUUAAUGUACCGAUAGCUUUUGUUUGUACAAGAAUAUUCGAGAAAGUGAAUGACCAUGAACUCACUUCUAUACCAUUAAGCUUUUUCAGAAAAACCUUAUGGAGGCAAAGAUUACUAAGUGGUCGUGAAACGACAACAACUUUACCAAUUAGCGUCACGCAAAAUCAAGUUGGGUAAAAACCGAAAAUCAAUCUAUUCAGAAACAGCUGGUGAUGUUUUUUUGUCGGUAAAAUUUUACUUGUCGUGUCAUUGUUUCGUAUGGU